AUGACCUUGACCCGCGUGAACGGCAUCUCCCUUAAGGACACUCCUGCAAACGAGAUCGAUAUGGCGGAACCUGCCCCCUACCUUUCUACAGUUGUCCAUGAACCUCUGAUUAAGAGCAAUUACGAAAUCGUCCUUGGUCAGGAUGUCACAGUGCUCACGCAGCUCGACACCCCGUUCUGGACUGUCGUUGUCCUCUCCUCUACAGCCAACUCGCCCGCCCGCACCGUCGUGACGAGGGAAAAGAGCCUCGACCUCGCCGUCGCUAUGGCUACGGUCCACCAGCGGUCUGCCCUUGAGGUGGCUCACUUCUACGUCGCCAUGGGCAAGACCUACGACAGCCCCAUCAUGCCACCGCUGCAGGCGCAGAAGAGACAGACGAAGUGUGACUGCUGCUGCCAGGGCAAUGAUGUUGUCACAGAAGUGGAGGACGGCAACGAUCUCGACGAUAACUACACUGACUCGAGCUCGGAAUCCGAGGACGACGUCGAGCUGGGCCUUGACCUGUCCGACGAGAGUGAGGACGAAGAGGGCCUGGAGCAUAUCAAGAAGCCGUCGCACCACCGACGCCGUGAGACCAAGAACAACAUGGUCAAGCCGAGGACACUCCCCCCCCGCCAGUCCACGUCCCCUCGCAUGCCGCCACCCGCAGCUGGUGAGCAAACUGCGACUGCACCAGCUGGCGAUGGAACCAUUCCCAUGGCCGUCCACCCUCACUUCUACUACGGCCAGCCCGCGACCUUGACGGGCGCCUACCACUCUCCCCAUCCCCCGAUCCUAGGUCCCCAUCAUCCAUUCCCUCACCAACAUGUUCUCCUCCCCCAUCAUACUCACCCCGUCCACCCCCCUCUCCCUCCACAGGGACACAAGCCCGCCGCCGUGCCCAACCACCCGGCCGCAGCCGUAAGCCCAAGCAUGCUGGGGACCUAUUCUCCCCCUACCCAGAGAGCGGGCGGUCACCCUAUCAACGCCUUCCAGCAGCCAAAGGGCAGCAGCAUGCCCCCACCUCCUGCUGCAGUCCCACCGCAGAUGAGGGCAAGCAACCCCCCUGCUGCCGCCGCCGCCGGUCCUAGGAGACCAGCAGCCCUGCCCCCCCUUCCCGCGCCCAGGCCCGUGUCCAUCAACAUCCACUGGAUCGGCCGCGGGAGCCUCCUGGUGACGGACACCUGCGCGCCCCUGCACGGCCGGAUCCUCGAGAGGGCGAUGCAGCUCGCUCGCCUCAAGAGCGGCGAGUUUGGCGGCAUCCCCCCCGCGGCCGAGCAGCAGCAGCACCACCACAGGAUGAUGGCGCUGCUCAAGCGGGUGCGGGCGGGCGACGUCGUGUACGAGGUGACGAGUCGGGUCGACGACCUCUCACCGCUGCUUGCGAGGAUGGGCCCGCCCUCGCAGGUCGGGUUUCCGUGCUUCGAUGUGGAGAUUGUCCUGCAGUCUGGGGACGGGGAGGAUUAA